AUGUCCCUCGGGGGGACCACAGGCGACAACACGCGCCUACUUCGGAAGGCUCCAGAGGAGGAGGAGGAGGAGGAGGAGGAGGAGGAGGAGGAGGAGGAGGAGGAGGAGGAGGAGGCGAUGCAGGCGGAGGGCGUGCGGGAGGUGGCCGUGGCAACUGGCCUGGAGGUGCUGUACCAGGAGACCCCCAACUACCGCGGAGCGGCGGCCGAGGCUGACCGCAUGAUCGAGCCAAGGGAGACGGCUAGGCAUGCCUGGCGAGUGCCAGACCUGGGCGGCAGGCCUCAGCAUUCAUCCUGA